CUCUGCUUUUUCUGCAGUCUCCCUUCUGUGCUCAUUUCUAAUGCAAUGUUCACAGUGCAGCAUUGCUGUCCAGUUUACAAAGUAGUCUCUGCUUGCAUGGUAAUAUAGUGGUGCUGGUGCAAUGCCCACAGGGCUGUUUUUUGCCUUUGAGCAUUUCUAAGGGUGCUGCUGGCAUCUGAGAUUGUGUAGCCUUGGAGAUAACUGUCCACGCCUUUCUUUCUGAUGUUGUUGCCUUAGAAAGCUACUGAGCUGACUCAGGUUGACUGAAUGGAGGGACAAGGAGGGGCAGGCACCCCAGAAUUGAGCAAGGAAGCACUGAACCUAUUAAAACCAUCUGAAUCUGGUGACUUGUCAACGGACAACACCCAUAAUCCUUCAGGCGAAGAGGAGGCUGGAAUUCCUAUUCCCAACCACGGCUUGUUACAUGUGGCAGAAAGACGGCAGCCCCUGAGCAGCGUUUCUUCUCUGGAGGUGCACUUUGACCUGCUUGACCUCACAGAGCUGACUGACAUGUCCGACCAGGAGCUGGCUGAGGUCUUUGUGGACUCUGAUGAGGAAAACCAAAAUGAAUCCCCAGUGUCACUCCACCAGCCUCCCAUCCCUCGUGGCGGAUACCUGCGCUCUCCCUCCUGGACACGAACCAAAGGAGAGCAAGGCCGCGAAAGGAAACCAAAUUCCAGUGAUUCAGAAGUAUGCCUAGAAGCAACAGAGUCCAUUUUAAAGAUGGAGAGACCCAAACAACAUUGAGGAGGAGAAGGAGACCACUGCUUCCAACCCAUUCUGAGCCGCAGACUCUGACAUUUACCAGUCUCUACUUAAAACUGGUGCUAAAGAGAUGCUUGUAUUUGGACCUUGUGCACUGUUAACUAAAGUAGGCAAAUAGUGAGGGAGCACAGCUUCUGUAUAUGGGGGACUUCAUCAGCUCACAUUCUGCUUUGAUUGGCUGUGUGUCCAGAAUUAUUCCAUUUAAGAGCCAGCUGGCCGAAAAAAAAAAGAAAAAGUAUUUUUCUGGAUGAAUGUUUUGCCUAAUUGCACACAGGGACCUGGAGUUAACUCCAUCCCGAACACAAUGAAUGGGUCAUAAGUAGAAAAGACACGCUUACUCAGCCAAGAUCACCUUUCCUGUGAUACAUAUUACAAUUUAAAGUGACCCUAACCUUAAUCUUUUAAGCACUUUCAAACACAUUGCAGUUUUAGGUAUUGAUGAUGCUGUUACAGGUCCACUAAAGAUAACUAACCCUCUGCACUCAUUUGCUUUUUUUGUUUGUCUUGGUCUGUUUCUUUUUUUAAUUUGUUUUAUAUCUAAAAUAACUUAAAGCCUUAUGGCCAGAAACAUGAGUACUUUGGUCAAAGGAAUAAAAAAGUCAGAGGGCUGCCAAAAAGGAUCUAUGGCUAAAAAUUGCAGACACUCCAUGAAUAACAUCAAGAUUAAAAAACUGUGGUUUAGACAUUUCAAGAAAUAAAUUCAAAUGAAUAGAAACCCAAAGUGUGCUGCCAUCACUACAUUUGAUAUAAUCAGGGGUAUGUGAGGUCAACAAUUGAAGCUGAAAAUUAAUGAAGAGAACUGGCUGUCUCAGUGGUCCCCUAUUCCUAGGGAUGUCACCUAGAUUUGCCUCAUUGCUGCUAAGUUUCAUACUUCACAAUAUCUAAAUCACAACAACCAUGGGCUAUAAAUGAUCUCCAUGAUUAAUAAAAUCAGGAAGAAGUGUAAUGUGGUUGCACCCUCACUGCCUUCGUUUGGAUACGGCUUCACUUUAAUAUACUGCAUGUUCUCACUGAGGGUUUGAGCCCACUCAAUUAGUGUUGAACAUUUGGCACAUCAAGGCUCCAUUAUGGUGAGAUGGUGACAAACCAUAAAGUGAACACCUUGCUUAAGAAGAAUCCACAUUUCCCUUUCUUAAAAUGUCAUUUUGUCAUGCAAGAAACCCGGCCACUUUGGUCAAGGGAAUAGCAUAAAGUGCCAAAAAAAUCAAUUGCUAAAAAUUACACAGGGACAUGCAAUUUUCUUCCCUGGCCUUACAGUAUCCUUUCAGUUAUUUAGCUCCUGUGGUUACCUUAUGGUGUAUUUAACAGCUCCAGAUUGCAACUGUUUGCUCAGUCUUUCACUUUCUUUAGUUGUCUUUUGUAACAAUGGCUUCACUCAUUAACUAUGAUUUACCAGAAGAUUUGACAUGUGUUGAAUUUUGACUUUGAUGCCUAUACUGUAUUUUUUAUAAUGUGCUCUUGUUUACAUUACUAGUCAACUGCUGAUCUUUCCACAAUUAUAACUACGAUAUGAGUCAAUAAUUUAAAAAUGGUGCCAGCUGCUACUUGAGGCAUCCAAAAGUCCUCUCCAUACUCAAAGAAGGUAUAACCAUGAAUGGCAAAGAGGAGGUGAGGAUCCAUUUUGGACAAAGCUGAGCACACCAGCAUUACAAUACUACAGAAUAUUGUAGAAAUUUGGGACUUUUUUAUUAGAAAUAGAUGGCUAUUUAAUCUUGAUUCAGCUCCAGAAGGAAGAGUGGUGGCAGAUGAAAACAUGACAAUGUAUUAGCUACUGCUCCUCAAGACACCUAAUCAUGAACAAUGUGAAACUAGAGACUUUGUGAUGAACUGCUGGAUUUAAACCGGCAUACAAGAACAGUAAUCUCAGCAAAUGCACCAAAAGUUGAUUAAAAAAAAAUUACCAUUUUGGCCUGAAGGGGGCGGUCCAGCACCCCAACGCAGACAAACACAGGCACACAUCCAGCAACUCACAGACUUAUUUAGUCCAGGGAAACUCUUCCAGUAAGUGUUUGCCUCAGCACAGUACAUAAAACACAGCAAUAAAGCAGCACACACUACUUUUUUUUCUCUUUUCUUCUCUCUCUCUCUCUCUCUCUUUGCCUUCUCCUUCCUCUAGCAAGCUUCGUCCAUUUUCCUCUAGAUCCUGGCUCCUGGAGCUGUGGCAGAUGGCUUCUAUUAUGCUGCUCCCAGGAGGACUUCCAGUGUCCUGUAAGCCCGGACUUCCGGGUGAGGUGAGAGCCCAACAAAGUGGAGCUCAGCAGUGUCUGCAGUACCACCUAUUAGCGGCAUUUCUGAAACUCAAAAGUGCUGAGCCAGCAAACUCCAACUCCAAGAGGGUCCUGUGAGAAUCUAUGGCACUGUAACAACCUAGGGGGGGGGCUGAAAUCUAGCAAUUUGGGAGAGAUAAUGCCCUGACCAUACUUUCUCCCACACUUGCCCAGCCAGGCAAGGGUUCCAGCCAUCCGCCACACUAUACAACUGAUUUUAUGUUGAGGUGACACACUAACUUAAAAAUACAAAACAAAUCCUUUUAGAAAGAAAGGUUUACCUAUUUGUGAACUGGUACUCCAUUCAACACCCAUUAAUGAUGGUUUUGUUUUUAGUAAAUGUGCUAAGAUCUGUUUGAAGGCAACUUCCUGGAGUAAAACUGACGUCAUGUGAAUAACAUUUGUACUCAACAAAGACCUUCUGAAAGUUGUAAGACCCCUUCACUUGUGUCACAAUGUAUGUUGCAAACUUGUGCUAAAAUUAUAUAAAUAUUUUUUUCCCCUCACUCAA